AUGACAACAGAUGGAAAGAAUUUUGGAGCGCAGGAUAAAUUUAUAAAAGAGACUCUUUCUACUCUCCAUAAUAAAAGAAAUAUGUUUAAUGAGACAUGGAAAUUAUAUUCAAUAAUCGAAAACCCUUUAGAUCGUUUCGCAGCUACAUUUGUUAACAAUUGUAUACAUAAAAAUAAUAAUAAAUUAGAAGAAAAUUUAUGUUAUGGAUGUAUGAAUAGUCCUACGUGUGUUAUAAAUUAUUUGUACAAAAACUUAAAAAAAUUAAUGAGUUUACAAAAUCAUUUUUAUAAUCCAAAUGAAAUUGAUAGAAAAUUUAUGCCAUAUUAUUGGCGUUGUAAUAUGCAAAAAGAUUAUACUUUAUUUCAAAUGUUUAAUUAUACUAAUCCUAUUAUGUUUAACAAUCAACUUCAAAAAUUAUUUCAAAAAACAAAUAUUCAGGAAAAAGAAAUUGUUUUGGUAAUGAAAAGAAUAAAAGAAUUUUAUGCUAACAAUAAUAAUAUAAAUAAGUUUAAUCAAUUAAAAUCAGAAGUAAUUAAAAGCAUAUUUAAUGACCGCAAUGCAUUUUUUCAAUUUAUGAGUAUUUAUUAUACAGAUUAUCAAUAUUUUAAUAUUUUAGUUCCACAAAUUUAG